AUGGUUAGGCCCGAGUAUUCUUCCCCCCCAGACAUUUUUUAUAACGAAGACGAAGCCAAAAAAUACGUCCGCAAUUCCAGAAUUAGGGACAUACAAUCCCAAAUGACUGACCGAGCUUUGGAAUUGCUCGUACUCCCGGAAAGCCCCUGCUUGCUGCUAGACAUUGGAUGUGGAUCCGGCAUAAGCGGAAUGACCCUGAACGAAUCGGAUCACUUUUGGAUAGGAAUUGACAUCAGCAUUCAUAUGAUAAAAGCGGGAUUGCAGAAUGAAGCUCACCACGGAGGGGACAUGAUUUUAGCUGACAUGGGAAAACUGAUGAGGUUCCAGUCCUGCAUUUUCGACGGAGUAGUCAGCAUAUCUGCCCUUCAGUGGCUGUGUAACUGGGACAAGAAGGAUGAAAGUCCCAAAGUGAGAAUUAGCACCUUCUUUAAGUGGUUAUAUAACUGUAUGAAACGAGGAGCCAGAGCGGUAUUUCAGUUUUACCCCGACUCGGCAGAACAAAUUGAAACCCUUACGAACUUCGCCAUGAAAGCUGGAUUUGGUGGUGGUGUUGUCGUGGAUUUUCCAAAUUCAGCAAAGUCGAAAAAAUAUUACCUAUGCUUGUGGAUAGGGUCCGCCGUCGUUUCGCACCUUCCGGAACCCUUGGAGGACGAGGAACAUAAUGAUAUUGCGAGCACAAACAGGAGACAUAAUAAGAAAACAAAAAAACAAAUAAAAAAAAACAAGGAAUGGAUUUUGAAGAAAAAGAAUCAGAGAAGAAUGAAGGGACUGGACGUCAAGAGGGACAGCAAAUACACAGGAAGGAAAAGGAAAGGCAAAUUUUAA